AACUGUAGCAAAUCGGAGCUUUAAAGGCUUCCCCAAACCAACUCAGGCACUAUUUUAGGAUUUGAAAAUGAGUAUGUCUUCUAGCAUAUCACCAGAAAUUCGUCGUAACGGCGGCCGAAGAAGCACAGCUUGUCAGCGUUGCCAUAAGCAGAAGGUCAAGUGUUCCCGAGAAAGACCUUGUCGAAAUUGCCAAUCAGCCCACGUCGAAUGUAUCUACUCUGGUCGCGAUAGACUACUUACAGUCCCCGAAAGUUAUCUGAGGAGCUUAGAGGCAGACAGAAGAAGACUACGCAAUAGUUCACAGCCAAGCUCACACACCAGUGCCAGAGAUGAUGUUGCUUUGAUAUCGGAUAGCAGAAGUCAGGACUACAGCCACCAUUCGGUGGAGAACUCGGCAGCUGAAGCAUUUCUGGCAAAAGUCAACCAACUCCGACACAACACGACGGUCUCUGGCGCAUUCGAUCCGUCACCGAUCGAGCAAGGUGUUCCUGGCCACUCAGGAGGCUCAGAGAUUCAGUCCGCAUAUGACUACUUCCGCCUCACAUUUGACACAUCACACUCUCCAGUAUCUCUCAGCCUCCCCCCCUACCCUUACGCAGAUCACUUACUCGAGCAAAUGGAGAUUUACAUGGGCCACGACUAUCAUUGGUUCUUGAGGCAACGGUUUAGAGAAAGGAUGGAUGCAACAUAUAAGACCUCUGGAUCAUUGGAAUCCAAGGAUCGACUUUGGCUGUGUCGACUGCUGAUUGUUUUUGCACUUGGAGAAACCUUUGUGAACUACCGAACCCCCAUUAUCAACCUGAGAUCAACUACCAACGAACCUAACAAUCAAAACAACAAUCCAGACCAGACAGCUGAAGCACCCUCACCGCCUCCUCCUGGCACAGCGUUUUUUGAGCAGGCAUUAAUGCUACUGAAGCUCCCUUAUGAGGAGCCUAGCCUUGAGCAUAUCGAGAUCUUGAAUCUGGCCACAUUUUAUUCAUACUCGCUCAAUCGCAAGAAGGCAGCAUAUAUGUAUGCAGGGAUGAGCGCCAGAAUGUGUAAUCUGCUUGGGCUGCACCAAGUCCCCGCGAAAGCUUACUCGACAUUAGAAAAGGAGCAUCGCAAACGAGUCUGCUGGACAUCUUAUUGCCUAGACAAAAUGACCAGCAGUGAGCUUGGACUGUUGCCAUCAUUCCAGCCAACUCAGAUUAAGCUGGACUAUCCAAGCGAUCAACAGCUUGAGCCAGAGGAUGCCGUCCAAUUUUACGAGGCAGAGUUCCUCCGCGCACGCAUUCAGCUUACUUACAUGAAAGCUGAAGCUGAUGUGUUUAUUGACUUAUGGCAGUCUAUCCGAGAUGACAUCCCCGAUGGAGAGAGACGAGUCCGACCGAUUCUAAUCAAGUUGGAAAAAUGGCUGGACGAGCUGCCUAUGUCCCUGAAGUUCAAUUGUGAGGCUGGGAUGCCAGAAGAAAUGGCGGUUGCGCCAAACAUGCGGUCAAUGGCCUCGUUAUACUUACGAUGGCAACAGUGUUUCAUUCUCUUACUUCGACCCUUCUUUCUCAAACAGAUUGCAUACAUCGUGUCGGAUGACUUAAGCGACCCAUUUCAGAAUGGUAACCUGCAAGCCCUCAGCGACACAUGUAUUCGUGCCGCUCGCUCAAAUCUGCUUAUCGAGAUUGGCCUGUGGCAUCGUGAGCGAAUAGCUAAAUUUGGAUUCUGGGACAGCCUACAUCUCUUCUCAAGCUUAACAAUAUUCUCCUUGGCAAUCUCCGUCAACAAGAGACGACCCGCCAGCUUUGACGAGAGCAACGCCGAUGCUGCGACUUAUAACACUGCUAAAGACUUGCUUCGUGACCUAGUAGAAGCUGGAAAUCUGGCCAGUAAAGGACAUGAGAGAAUGCUGCAUGACGUUGAAGCCCUGGGAGAGGUUCUUGGUUCAAUGCAGACAAACACCUCUGACUUUAUGCUCGAACAGUGGGACAUGGAUAAUUGGAUGGCGCAAGUACUAAGCAUGGACUCGAGCUCACUGAACUUGUACGACUUCGAGUAGAGGUAGUUUGGCGCUAUAGGCACUACAGAUAGCUGCCUUGAGUGCUGUCACCCUCGGGGCAAAGGUCUCCACGGGUUAUUCGAUGUCAAGAUCCCUAUGAAUGCCAGUUUUUCUGAAUGUGGAGAUUACAAGUAAUCAUUUUUCGGUCCCUGUUCAGCCGAUAGUCAAGUGACCGGCUCGAGGGAUUAUGGGGUAG